AUGGAAAAAAUUAUUCGACAGCAAGAUAUUUUUGAUAAAGCUAGUGCAGUUAGACAUAUGUGUAAAGCAUUGGAAUUUAUCAAUAAACGUAAGAAAUUUCUUGUAAAUUACACUAAAGAACAUUUCAUUUAUCAAAUAACGCAAUGUUAUGAAAAUUUGGUUCUUGGUCGUGAAAUUAAAGGUACUAUUAUUGUUGUUACCUUUUGGAAUAUUAUUCUAGACAUGCAACAGAUUAUGCAAGUUGGAUGA